GGCUCGCCUCCUGGAGGUGGCUGCGGGGACACCAGCUCACGCUUCUACAUUCAGGCACCUUCACACCAGAGGGCUGUGGAGCGGAGGUGGCUCUGGGAGAAGCUGGAGGCUGGGGGCCUCCUGGGUGUAGUUCUUCACCUGUGACCUUGGGCUCAGUGAUCCUAAAGCUAGAAUGGGGUUGGAGGCCGCAGGAAGAGCGUGAGGGCCGGGACAGGGGGCGCCUGGGUGCUGGUGAGCCCGGCCUGGGCCUGGGCCCUGGGAGGAGCUGUGUGGAGUCCGCCUGUCUCUGGCCAUUACUUUGCGGUGGGGGAACAGCACCUGCCUUCCUCCCAGGGUGCGGGGACGGCUCCUCACCGCCCGUCUGUGUUUCAGGACGCGCUGAGGCUUCCUCCCGAGAAGAUGGCAGCCCUGCACACGGCGCCGGGCUCCCCGGCUGCCCAGCCGGAGCGGGCGGAGGACGGGUCAGAAUGCAAUCCUGAGCAGGAGGAAGAGGAGGAAGAGGAGAAGGGGGAAGAGGCGGAGGAGCUGGAGGAGGAGAUCGAGGUGGAAGAAGAGGAAGACGAGGACAUGGUGGAGGUGGUGGAGGAGUUUUCUGCCACCGGGUCGCGGGCAGGGCGAGGAUGGCCGGUGGAGCAGGUGGCGGCGGAGUUGCAGGAGGACCAGGACGUGGAGGUGGUGGCAGAGGAGCGGAGUCCAGCGUUGGGGACCCAGGCGCGCCUGAGCCGUGGUGGUGCCAAGUCCCCAGUUCUGCAGGAAAAGACUCUGCAGGCCUCCCGGGUUCCAGCCGUGCUUAGGGAGGAGGAUCAGGAGGAGGAGGAGGAGGAGGAGGAGGACGAGGAGGGGGAUUUCCUGACAGCCGGGUCUCAGGGGCUGGUGACCUUUGAGGACGUGGCUGUGUACUUCUCCCUGGAGGAGUGGGAAAGGCUGGCUGCUGCGCAGCGGGACCUCUACAAGGAAGUCAUGCAGGAGAACUACGGCAUCCUGGUGUCCCUGGGGUACCCCAUCCCCAAGCCAGAUCUGAUCUUCCGGCUGGAACAAGGAGAGGAACCUUGGGUCCCAGACAGCCCCCGUCCUGAGGAGGGAGACAUUGUCACUGGCGUCUAUACAGGUGCCUGGUUCUGGACCAACGACAUGGAGGACCACGAGGAGGAGGACGAUGAGGACUUCCUGGCAGAGGUGGCCGAGGAGGAGAGCGAGCCCCCCGGGCUGUGGUCGGCGGCCUAUGGUGUGGGGGACGUGCCUGGGACGUGGGGCCCUGACGACUCGGAUUCGGGGCAGACCUCGGAGGGCUGGGGGCUCGAC